AUGAGAUUCAUCAACGUUUCAGCUGCCCUUGUGGGUGUCCUUUCUGCGCCAGCAAUCGUUGCUGGCAAGUCCCAUGGCCACCGCCAUGGUCAACAUUCUGCUUUCGAGUCUCGCCCUCUCCAGAAGCGAGGAGGACAGUGCCAGUUUCCUACCGAUGACUCCAACAUGGUCGCUGUCACUCCUGAUGCUAAGAACGCCGGUUGGGCUAUGAGCCCCGAUCAAGAGUGCAAGCCCGGAAGCUACUGCCCAUACGCUUGCAAGCCUGGUAUGGUUAUGAACCAGUGGGAUCCUAAGUCAACUUACGACUACCCUUCUUCUAUGGACGGAGGUCUCUACUGUAACGAGGAUGGUGAGAUUGAGCAGCCUUUCAAGGGCAAGCCAAACUGUGUCUCUGGCACUGGUUCCGUUGAGGCUGUCAACAAGUGUGGUUCCACCAUGUCCUGGUGCCAGACUGUCCUGCCUGGUAACGAGGCCAUGCUUAUCCCUACUGUUGUAUCUUCUAGUGCAACUCUGGCUGUUCCCGGAUCUUCCUACUGGUGCUCCACCGCUGCUCACUUCUACAUCAACCCCCCUGGAACUGGCGAGGAGGGCUGCAUCUGGGGUACUGAGGACAAGCCUAUUGGUAACUGGAGCCCUUACGUUGCUGGCGCUAACACUGAGUCCAACGGUCAAACCUUUGUCAAGAUUGGCUGGAACCCCAUCUGGGAGGACUCUGGCCUGAAGAGCGAGCUCCCUGACUUUGGUGUCGAGAUUCAGUGCCCUGAUGGUGGCUGCACUGGCCUUCCUUGCAAGAUCGACCCUACCAAGGGUGGUGGUAACGUUGGCAGCGAGCUUUCUGCUAAGGGUGCUGGCGGUUCAGGCUUCUGUGUCGUUACUGUCUCUAAGGGCAAGACUGCUCAGAUUGUUGCUUUCUCUACCAGCGGCGGUGGUUCCGGCUCUGGCGAUGACUCUGAUGAUGACUCUGAUGACGACUCUGACUCUGUGGACAUUGAGAUUUCCAUUGCUGAGGCUAAGCCCUCUAGCACUGCUGAAGCCGAGCCUACCACCUCCGAGGAAGUCGUUGUCAGCACCACUGCUGAACCUACCACUUCUGCCGCCCCUACUACCUCCGCUGCCCCUACUACUUCUGCUGAGCCCACCACCAGCAGCGUACCUGAGACUACCUCUACUCCUGUAGAGACUACUACUGAGCAGGCCACUUCCACUACUGAGUCCUCUACUUCUGAGGAGCCUACUUCUACCACUUUCACCUCCGCUUCCAAGUCCAAGACAACCAAGUCCUCUACCAGAAAGGUCUACCCUACUGUCAAGCCAGGUAUCUUCCGUGAGAACGGAACAAGCACCACCGACACCAAGUCCGAGACCGAGACCGAGACCGAAAUCAAGGAGACUGCUGCUGCUACUGAGGUGGACUCCGGUGCUGCUCCCUCCGAGACCAAGGACAGUGGAGCUGGUCGUGACCAGGGCAAUGCUGCUCUUGCUGGCCUCGUCGUUGCUUUCAUCGCCGCCGCCUGUUUCUUCUAA